AUGAUUGCCAAUCUGCUGCAAAAUACUGGUUACUACUGUGAGUCUGCUGAUAGACACUGUCGAAAUUUGAAUGCUGCAUGUCUGACAACAUCAGUUGUUGAUAGCCACUGUACAUCAGCUCUUCUUCUUACAGCGGCUUCCCCUGCUGCGAUAAGCCAGAACACAUCAAAGGUUACAUGCUUUUUAAUCACCUCAAAGAGUGAUACUUCAAGAUUAUCAGAAUCUCCAGCAUUUCCUGAGAUCCAAGGCAAUGUUGAAGAUCUCGGAUGUUACAUGAAUUCUGAAAGCACCGAGAAUGUCUAUCAAGCAGCAAAAGUUGUAGAUGUCGGUGUGCUUGAAAAAGUCGAAAUAAAAGUAACAAUAAAUACUUCAGAGAGCAUCAUUUGUCUUUGGACUUUUAGUCAGGGUCAGAAGAACUGUAGCUCCUUCCUGGAUUUGGAUAACAGGCAUGUUAUUUCAGUGAUGUUUCCAAAGAUCAGAGAGAGAGAAACUGGAGAGCAUAUGCUGUCAAUUAGAACCAAAACCUGUAACUACACAGUAACAUUUACAUUUAUUAUAAGAAGCAGUCCAAGAAAGCCCUAUUUUAUAAAAAAUGAAGGUUCAAAAACUGUAAGCUGCAUAUCAGAAGGCAACCCUCAACCAGUUAUUGAAUGGCGCUUUUGCAGUACACCUAAUGAAAGGUGCCACAAAACACAGGAAGUACAACUUCACUUGACAAAAAAUAAGUUGCUGUUUGAACCACAUGUAUGGUGCUGUGCGACUAAUUAUUUGAAUACUGUAUGCACUGAAAUCUAUACCAUAGAUUUAAAUUUAACAAAAGAAAGCUAUUUACAGGAAUUCUUUCUUAAAGUUGGAGAUCCGCUUUUCUUAAGAUGUCGAGCCCUUUACAGCAAUUUUCAGUUUAGAUUCAUAUGGGAUUUUGAAAACAAGCUGUUAGACAAGAACCUAACACCUGAAGGAAAAGACAUCAAAACUGCACAAAUGAUUAAAACUCAGUAUGCGUUCGCUUCGUCAGUGGGGCAGCACAGUCAUGGAAAUUAUACCUGCUCGUCCACAAUACACGCAAAGGGAACUGCCUUAGUUACAGUUUUAGAUAAGGGGUUUAUCAAUAUCGUGGAUCCACAGGAAGUAUUCAAAGUUGAUACGAAGGAAAAUAUUUGCCUUGAAGUUAAACUUAAAGCCUAUCCACCAAUCAGAUGUAUUUGGAUCUUUUCUCAGAAGUCGUUUACUUGUAAUCAAACCUAUACAGAUCUUUACAGCAUCACUUCAACCUUCUGUGAUCAUAAAUACCAACCAGGAGAGUAUGUUUUCUAUGCAGAAAAUGACGGUGCACAUGUGGAGAGAACAUUAACACUAUAUGUGAAAAGGAAACCAGAAGUAUCCGCUCUGUCAUUGCCCAAUCAAAUGUCCUGCACAGCUGAGAGCUUUCCUGCAGCCUUUUGGGUCUGGAGGAUGUGUUCUGAAGAGCAUGUAAACUGUACGCAAGUCACAGAUGGAAUUUCAGAUUACAAGCGUGAAGGAAAAAACUUUGGCACCUGGAAUACAAACAGCAUUUUACUUACAACGGAGGCGCACGCAGGAUUUUUUAUCGAGUGUUGUGCAAACAAUUCUGUCGGUUUCUCGUGCAAAACCCACUUCCUUAAACCCAAAGAGGCCUUUCCCCUGCCAAAUUAUAUUGCAUUAUACGCAACAAUUGGAUUCUUUCUUUCAUUCAUCGCAAUGGCACUCCUACUCUUUUCCCACAACUACAAAAAGCAAUUUAGAUACACAAGUCAAAUGCAGAUUAUACAGGUGGUUGACCCAUCCAAAAAUGAAUACAUCUAUGUUGAUUUCAGUGAGAGAGAAUACGAACUCAAGUGGGAAUUUCCCAGAGAAAAUCUGGAAUUUGGACAAGUUCUUGGUUCUGGGGCCUUUGGGAAAGUGGUGAAUGCUACAGCCUAUGGAAUCAGGGAGUCAGAAGAGUCAGUCCAAGUUGCUGUCAAAAUGCUGAAGGAAAAAUACGGCUCUUCUGAAAAAGAUGCUCUCAUGUCAGAACUCAAAAUGAUGACUCACAUUGGAGGUCAUGAAAACAUUGUGAAUCUGCUAGGAGCUUGUACCCUAUCAGGACCCAUAUAUUUGAUUUUUGAAUACUGUUGCUAUGGAGAUCUUUUGAACUAUUUGCGGAGCAAGAGAGAAAGAUUCCACAAGUCAUUGACCGAUAUCUUCAAACAGCAUAAUUUCAGCUUUUACCACAACUUCCCAGGCCAUCCAAGAAAUGGAAAUAUAUUAAAAAAUGGGUCAUAUAGACCAAUAGAUGGAGUGGAUGACUUCGGAAAUGUGCAUGUACAAGACUUGGAUUUGGCCUCUAAACCACCUGGCAUUUCACUGUUUUCUGGGGAGGAAGAAAUUAAAUAUAUGAACAGGAGAAUGGAUGAUGAAGACGAUCUCAAUGUAUUGACUUUGGAGGACCUACUCUGCUUCUCCUAUCAAGUUGCUAAAGGAAUGGAGUUUUUGGAAUCAAAAUCAUGUGUUCACAGAGAUCUAGCAGCCAGGAAUAUACUAGUCACAUAUGGGAAAGUGGCGAAAAUCUGUGACUUUGGACUUGCCAGGGAUAUCGUGAAUGACUCGAAUUAUGUUGUCAGAGGCAAUGCUCGCUUACCUGUCAAAUGGAUGUCGCCUGAAAGCUUAUUUGAAGGGAUAUACACAAUUAAGAGUGAUGUUUGGUCUUACGGAAUCUUACUGUGGGAAAUAUUCUCCCUCGGUGUGAAUCCCUAUCCUGGAAUGCAAGUUGAUGCAAACUUCUAUAAGCUUAUUAAAAAUGGAUUUAAGAUGGACUGUCCAUUUUAUGCUACAGAAGAAAUAUAUUUCAUACUGUGUUCCUGCUGGGCUUUGGACUCCAGAAAAAGACCGUCCUUUUCGCAGCUGCUUUCCCUUCUGGCGUGCCAGCUGGCUGAUGCAGAAGGAGCAGCAUGUCAAAUGAAGAAGAUGGAUAAUUCUGAACAGGCAUUUGGUUCCAAAAGCAGGGGAGCUGAUCGCCUUCAAAUCACCAUUCCAUCUCUGAAUGAAGAUGCUGCAAGGGAGAAAUAAUUCAGAUUGUUAUUUUAUCUUUUAAAAAAUAUAAGCUGAACAAAUCAAAAGGGAAGAAAUUAGCUGCUACUGCCAUUGAAUUUCUCUUGUCCAGUCAAAUAGUAUUUACUCUUGUGAUGAAGCUAGCUAGCAUUUUGCCGCUUUGGUUACUGAGGAGAGAAGCGUUUUUCACAAGCCGCAGUUAUUUGCUGAUCAUGAAAAGAGAUAAGUCUAAAGUAGUAAAACGACGGGAUCUGGUGAUGAACUUUUGCGUUCUGCUUUCUGAUUUUUAAUGUUAUAUUUUACAUUUCCCAGUAAGCCACCCUGGAAAAUGGGGGAUCCAGGGAAGUGCUGAACAUGAGCAAAAUUUCAGCUCAGUUCUGAUUAUUAUUCUUACUGAGGUUAGAAAGCAGACUUAUCCGAAGUGCUCUCUCACUCUCUUUCUCAGUCAUACCAUGCGAAGGAUGUUUCCCAAUAGCCAGAGAUCAUUCAACUCUGUUCCUCAACAGGAAGCUUAUCACUGUCCUAAACUUUAUGUGGCAGCAGAUUGCCAUGAAGGGCUUUUGCUAUAACCGCCUUUAUGGUGUGCAGCUCAGCACCCCUCUCACCACAGCUGCUAGCUGGAUGAAGCAGGAAUUCAAGCAAUGCUCUCUCUCUCUCUUUAAAACAGAGUCCUACAGUGAUGUUUCUGUAGAUCUUUGCUGAUCUCAUCACCAUUCUUUCCUUCCUAGUCCCCUCUCCUUUGGGUUCAUGUUUUUCUUUCUGAGAUUGUGAGCCUGUGGGCAGGGAUCUGUUUGAAUGUAUUCCCAUAUUGUGUUUAGAAUACCAUAGGCAAAUCAAUAAUAUGUCAGAAUGAUGGGGAAUCUUCUGUCAGAGCUUUAAUAAAAUAAUGGGUUGGAUCCCAUAGUAAACCUCUGCUGACAGAAGGGAUUUGUUGCUACCCAAAAUGACCCCAUAAAUUCUAUUCCUGGAGGACAGGGGACUCCCACACACACACACACACACACACACACAGCAUGAAUUGACAGUCUGCAACCACAGGGGAGAAUCAGCAACAAUUGCCUGUCGCUUCCAUUCGUUGACAUUUUCGACGGGAUCCAAGCCAUCAUCUAUGAAUUGGCUUGAUAUCCCAUAUCCAAACAUUCUUGUUUUCAGCAGGGGUUGCAUACAUACGUGACCUGAAAUCUUUCUGUCAUUAUUUCAGUUUCAGUGCUAGGUAUACUUAGAUGAUGAUGAUGAUGAUGAUGAUUUAUUGCUGUUGUUAUUUUAAAGCUUUGUAGUUAACACGUCCUGACAAUGAGCAAUUGUUGAUUUUAUUUACAUAAUUGAUACUUUUAUAUAUUGUGUUUUUUUAAAAGGGGGAUAA